AUGUUGGUCAUCAAGCAGGAGGCGGUGAAGAAUCCUGCCCAGACAGAUCCGUGGAUCGCGGAGGAGUGGGAGGUCUCGCCUCACGAGGUCACGGACGUGCAGCGUGGUGCCGAGCAGACAUCUUUUGGAUUAGGCGCGCAGUGCCUGGAGACCAUCUUCAAAGUUCUAGAUGUGCUAGCAAGUGACGUGAAGGAGCAGUUGGAGAAGAAGGUGGACCAGAUGGUGGAGGAGAAGUUGAACAGGUUGCUGGACGAGGACUUGCGCCGGGCCAAGAUUGCUGCGGCCAAGGCCGAGGCACGCCAGUCUGAGAGUCGAGAUGCGGAGCUCUAG